AAGGGAGGGAAAAUCAAAACAAAUAUAGCAGUAGCAGUAUUAUAAAACUGCUGUUUUCAAAUUUCAAUUUAAGCAACAACAAUGACGACUCUCCCAAUUGAGAUCAUCACUGAAAUCCUCUCUCGAUUACCUGUAGAAUCACUUCUCGAAUUCAAGUGCGUCUCCAAAUCAUGGUAUACCCUAAUCAAAUCCCCAAAUUUCAUCAAACUUCAUCUCAAUCAAACCCUAAUUUCCAACUCCAAUCGUAAUCUUCUCCUCUCCUACUCCUCUGAUCAUUCUUCCGACAUCAAUUUCCACCAUAAUCAUCUCGUAUACUCAGAUAUCGAUCUCAACCACAAUCACCUCCUAUUCUCGGAGCUCGAUCACCCUCUUAAACACCGCGAAAUCAACUUUGUUGGAUCCUGUAACGGCAUCGUUUGCAUCUCCGAUAAAUCCAAAAACGACAUUUUCUUGUUCAAUCCAGUGACGAAAUCUCGUCGAAAACUUCCGCCCAAUCAUACUCACAACCCUGGGAAUGAUAAGACUUUGGUGUUCGGGUUCGGUUUCGAUAGCGAAAACGAUGAUUAUAAGGUUUUGAGGUUGAUUCAGGACAGUCAUUACAGUGAGGUUCACCAUAGUAAGGCUGAAGUGUAUAGUUUGAGGGAAAAUUCAUGGAGAUGUGUUGAAGGAAUCCCAUAUUUUCUGUUGUUUGUGUAUCGUCAUGGUGUUUUUGUUAAUGAGGCUAUGCAUUACAUUGUGGUUACUAAAGAACUACAAAUGCAAUGCAAGUUCAUAGCCAGUUUCGAUUUUAAGACCGAGAAUUACUCGAUUAUGGACUGCCCGGAUUAUGAUGAUAAGUUGGGUGGGUCUUUGGAUUUGGGUGAGCUGGGUGGGUGUUUGUGUUUGUUGGUUAUGUAUCGUACAUUAGUACCUGCUUCGCCUUUGGAGGAUCCUUAUGAUAGAAUUGAUUUUCGAAUGAAUCGUGCUGAUUUGUGGGUGAUGAAGGAGUAUGGGAAGAAAGAGUCUUGGGUUAGGUUGUUUAGUAUUCCCCAGACGGCGAGUGUUGGGAUGUAUCUACAGAUUAGGACUAUUGUUUACUCUAAAGACAGGAGAAGAAUUUUGUUGGAGUAUAAUUCUUUGGGGCUUGGUUGGUAUGAUUUGGAGACCCAGAGUUUUAGUCAGUUUAAGGGACUGCCACAAGCACCGAUAUCUUCCGGGUUCUUCGUGAGUAGCCUUGUAUCCUUGGAGAUUAACAAGCAGAAGUCUGAUUGUGGUACCAGAUUGUCAAUGCCAAGAAAGAACACCAAGAACAAACAGUUGGAUGAUUUUCUUUCUACAGGAUUCAAGCUCAAGCUAUGACCUGAUUGAGCUACUUUUGGGAAUUAGUUCAGAACUAUGUAACGUUAAGCCGUAAGCAUGAAAGUCACAUUGCAGUGAUCUUAUUUUUUUGUUCUCAUUAGCUUCUUUAAUUUUUUUUUUUAGUAUACAUAUAGUAGAGAUUGUGGUUUGAUUUCAGCUGAAGAGGUUUUCUCAAUCACUCAGUCACUCCUUGUUUGAUAAAUCUUCAGGAUGAUGCCUUGAAAUUGGGUAAAUUGUAUGGUCUUAUUUAAUUUGAAAAAUACAGACCAAGCAUGGAGCAUAACUUAUUGUAAGCUUGAUGUUAGAACUAUCAUACUUGAUGAGAUUAUGUCGACUUGUCAAGUUAAAGCUACACAAGAUUGAACUCUCAUACUGAUUAUUGCAUUUGAAAACAUGAAAAGUAAUUGCUUGAAAAUACUUUUGACGUCAAGCAUAUGAGGUUUUGUCAUUUAUAUUUGUUUUAUGUUAUAAAAGUUGCAAUUUGCUGAUGAAUAUAUGCUCCG